AUGCAGGCUUCUUUGAUCUCCCCCACCACCAACCCAGCCCUCAAAUCUCUCUUCCCCUCGUGUGGAUCCCAUUCCUCAAAACCCCACACCUUCUAUCUCCGUGCCUCAACAGAAACAGCCCCACCACCACCACAAACUGUUUCCACCACCACGACCAUAGAUCCAUCUCAGAAACUCAACAAGUAUAGUUCCCGUAUCACAGAACCCAAGUCCCAAGGCGGUUCACAAGCCAUCCUGUACGGCGUAGGCCUGUCAGAUGAUGACAUGAACAAGCCCCAGAUAGGCAUAUCCUCAGUUUGGUAUGAAGGGAACACUUGUAACAUGCACUUGUUGGGACUAGCUGAGGCUGUGAAAGAAGGGGUCAGAGAGGCUGGUAUGGUUGGGUUCAGAUUCAACACUAUUGGGGUCAGUGAUGCUAUUUCUAUGGGAACCAGAGGAAUGUGUUUCAGUCUGCAGUCGAGGGACUUGAUUGCCGAUAGUAUUGAGACUGUCAUGGCUGCACAGUGGUAUGAUGGCAAUAUUUCUAUUCCUGGUUGUGACAAGAAUGCUUUUCAGGUCCAGGAUGAAGAGAUUGAACAUGCUCAAUUUACCUACGUACUUAUUCCUUUUAUCCUGUAUUGUGAUUCUAGCUCACCCUUUUGGUCUUUCUCACGCAUAUUCGAGGCCGAACUUAAUAUUACAACUUUUGCAGAUGCCUGGUACGAUUAUGGCAAUGGGGCGGCUGAACCGGCCGAGUAUCAUGAUUUAUGGUGGAACUAUCAAGGUUUGGUGCCAGUAACUCUAGUUGUUGGAUUUACCAUUCUUCCUGGUCAUUUUCAAGGCCAUACAUAUGACAUAAUAUCUGCCUUUCAGCCUGGUCAUUUUCAAGGCCAUACAUAUGACAUAAUAUCUGCCUUUCAGGUUUAUGGAGAGUAUGUGAGUGGUUCCAUAAGCGAUGAGCAGAGGAUGAGUGUAGUUCGAAAAGCAUGCCCUGGUGCAGGGGCUUGUGGUGGGAUGUAUACUGCAAAUACUAUGGCUUCAGCUAUUGAGGCAAUGGGGAUGUCCCUUCCUUACAGCUCAUCAACACCUGCUGUAGACUCAUUGAAGUUGGAUGAGUGCCGCAUAGCUGGAAAAUAUCUUCUGGAUUUGAUAAAAAUGGACUUGAAACCACGUGAUAUUAUCACUCCAAAAUCACUACGUAAUGCAAUGGUCAUAGUCAUGGCAUUGGGUGGGUCUACCAAUGCUGUUUUACAUUUAAUUGCUAUUGCAAGGUGA